CGGUCGGCCAUGACCACGUAACCAUGACGGACGACAUACCGGACACGGGCGCGGUGUUCACGUUCGGCAAGUCGCACUUCGCGGACAACGAGCCGAGCCACUUCUUCAUCAAGAAUGACCCCGUAGUCGCCGUGUCCUGCGGCGAUGAGCACAGCGCUGUUAUAUGCCAGAAUGGGCGAGUAUUCGUGUUCGGCGCGAACGCGUGGGGUCAGCUCGGCCUGGGCCACAGGGACGAGGUGACGCGACCCAGCUGCGUCAAGUGGCUGAAGCCGCACCGCGCCUUGUUCGUGGCCUGCGGCAGGGCUCACACUGUCUUCGCCACAGACACGAACUGCGUGUAUUCCGUGGGCUGCAACGACGAGGGUCAGCUGGGCACAGGUGACCUGGAGCACCGCACCGUGCCGCAGCUGGUGGAGCUGGAGGGCGAGCAUCGGGUCGCGCAGGUCUCCGCCGGCAGCAACCACACCGCCUUGCUCACGGACGAAGGCAGAGUUUUCGUGUGUGGGUCAAACACUGAGGGGCAGCUGGGACUCGGCGAGGAGACCAGGUCAUGCACCAAAUUCACUGAGCUGAGUUUCGUCGAGAAGAUAGCGUUCGUCGAAUGUGGAUAUUACCAUACUGUUUUUAUUACUUCAAAGGGCGCCGUAUUUAUAACUGGUGAUAAUGAGAACCAGAAACUGGGUAUUUCUAACUCAUCGAGUAUAAUAUACGUACCUCAAGUUCUGUCUCUGAAUGUGGAAAUAAAGAGCGCGUGCUGCGGCGCCAACCAUACCUUCCUCUUGUCUAUGGACGAGAGCAAAAUAUUCGCUUUCGGCUCCAACGAGAAGGGGCAGCUGGGGAUGCCCAAAGACAUCGUCAACGUGAAGGAGCCCACAGAAAUUGACAUGGAGAAGAUGUUUGAAGGAUACCAGCUGAAGUUGGUAGCGUGCGGAGCGAUGCACACAGCAUUUGUUACAGACAACGGCCUACUUUACAUGUGCGGGGAGGCGCGACACAACAAGCUGUGUUUGGAGGAGGUCGAAGACGCCAGCAAUGCGAACGAGGCGCCCAAUCAAUACUCGCCAAAGCGGGUCACGGCGAUGAACGGCUUCGUUGUCGACAACGUGGCCUGCGGCGGCUGCCACACGCUCCUCACCGCCACCAAGGGCUCCAACAUCGACUUCACCAAUAACGACUUCAGCAUCGUGUCCGAGGAGAACCGGACGUCGCUGCCCGAACUACCACCCCUUCAGAAAGUCCCGGCGCUCAAGGAUAUAGACGUCGCGAAUGCGAACAUCGUCGAACACAAAAAGGAGAACGGAAACGAUGAAACCGGCUCCAUCGAUUCCCUAGAAGCGAACGUUAGUGGCAGUCACAUCGUCAACAUCAACGAUCUCGAAGCCGACAACGCUAGCUUACACGACGUCCCGAAUAUCACUGAAGAAACGAUAGCGACCAAAGUCGAAAACAAGUUUGCGGACAUCUCGGAUAUGAUUAAGCACGAGGCGAAGGAUUUUAAGCAGAACGUUGAGGACAAAGUGCAAAAAGUAAAGGAGGAGGUCCAGACGAAAGCGGAAGUAGUAGACGAGAUGAUCAAGAAGACCGUCGACAAUAUAAUGCCCGGGGAACAUUGCGACGAGAAGAAAGUUUUGCAGAUACCCGACAAGAUGGCCGAAGUCACAAAUUCUCCCCCACCGAAGACGCCUAUCAUUCAGGAUCUACUAGACAUUCCUGACAUAACGCAUAUGAGUCCCGACCUGAGCAAGCACAGCGACGAUCAGAAGAGCGAGGGUGGGCAAUCUGAGAAUGAAACUAUACCUUGUGCUUCUGAUAAGUCCAGCCCACAGAUGGGCAAAACUAAGACGCAAGCGGUCAUCCCGAUUGUUAGGAGCGAUGACCACAUAGACUCCCAAGACGGGCACGAAGAUGAUGUAGUAGUUAACAAACUAGAGGAGAAGGGACGUUUCGCUAAAUUCUUCCAGGCCAUAAAGGAUAAGGAAAACUCUUGUAUCGGAAAGGGGAAGGUGAUUGAAGAGAAAGUUGUAGAAAACGUCCAUAAAGGCAUAGACACGGCGGAGGAGAGCGUCCAAAAAGUUGAAGAAAGAAUCGAAACAGAAAUACGAAAUCAAACAAACUCAAGAACAUGCACAAUUUUAUAGGUUUUUAAUUGUUUUUCUUACAAAAAUAAAAUG